AAAAAACUUUCACAGCCUUUAAAGCAAUUUGAAAACACUCUGUAAUUAGCCUCGGACAAAUUAAUAUAAAUCUAUAAAUUAAAUAAAUGAAGCAGUGGGCAACAAUUUGAGCACGAGGCAGGAUGAAUUAACAAUGUUUUUAGGUUUCAUAUAUUUGAGCAAAUUACAUAAUUGAUCCCUCAAUACAUGUCUAUAAAUAAUACCCCUUCAAAGGAAAAACCAGUCAAAUCAAUUACUCAAAAUACUCUCUCUUUCAUUUAUCUCAUCUAUUCUCUCUCAUCUUUUCUGGUAAGAAAUGGCGAAGCUUUUGGCAAUGGCAACGUUGCUGCUUCUGGCAGUAGUACAGCUUGUCGCUGCUGCUGCUGAAGACGAUCAGAGCCCAAAAGCCGUGGAGAAAUGGUUCAAGAAGCUUCCAUCAGCCGAGCGGGAGCUCACCAAGCUCCAUUUCUACAUUCACGACAUCAUGACCGGAGACCACCCAACCACCAUCCCCAUCGCCAGCGCCAACUCCACCGCCACUUCCCCAACCCGGUUCGGUCUGGUGUUCGUCAUGGACAGCCCGUUGACCGAGGGACCGGAACUCAAUUCUACGGUCAUCGGACGGUGUCAGGGAACUUUUUCUUUUGCUUCCCAGUCGGAGAUCGGCUUGCUCCUCACCCUCAACUUCGUCUUCACCGACGGCCCGUUCAAGGGAAGCACCCUUGCGAUCUUGGGUAACAAGAAGAGGGACAACCAGUACAGGGAGUACCCCAUCGUCGGAGGUUCCGGUGCUUUCCGGCUGGCAGAAGGUAUCGCCGUCGACAACACUUACACCGGCCCUAUCUCUGAAGGAAGGCCACCCACUGAGUGCCAAGUGUUUGUUCUCCGUUAUGUUGAGCCCAAGAUUGAGCUCGUCACCGACGGCGCCUUCUAAUCUUCUCUUUCUUUUUAUUUUCCUUCUGGAUAUCAAUUUCAAAUUUUCAAUCAAUCAUGCAUGUUUGUAGGUUCUGUCCCUUUUUUUUUUCUUCUUAUUUCAAAUGAAUAAAUGUGAACGGCGCGCGCUUGGCAAUUAAGAUUGUAUAAUCCCAGUUUAAUUUGAGUCUGCUUUAUUUAAUUUGGUCUUUGCCCUUUACAAUCUUCUCCUGUAAUUGCUUCGCGGUGUUGUUAUGGUUGAUGUCUAUCAUCGACUCGACGACUUUUAAUAAAGUUUGAUGUAGUUGUAAAAAUAUACUCAUUCCCCUCUCAUAGAAAAGUCCAAUCCGCUACUCUAAUUUAAUUUAAUAAACACUAGUGUCACCUCAUUUGCAUACAUGUUCAAUGAAUGACUAGUCCCCGUAUACUCUAUAUUAUCGUCAUACUUGCGUGCAUGUUCAACACCUAAACCACAUUGUAUUUGCGCGCUGCUGCUGUGUAUGGGUUGAAUG